AUGUGAUUCCGCUGUGACGGAAAUUAUGGUCAAAACAAACGUAGAAAAAUAAAAACUUCGUACAACUGGUAAAAUUUUAACUAAAAUUCCAAAAUUUUAGCAAAAUGAAAGCUAAUUUUGUUCCUAGAGUGAAUCAGCUCGAUUCCAUUCAGCUGGACAAUGAAAUCGUUAACAUUCUGAAGGAGCAGGUCUACAGCGUUCUACGGAAUCUUCCGCCCGGUCUGCUAAGUCGCUUCCAGCCGGAAAUCAACCUGCUCACGAGUUCCGCCCUGUGGAAUUUCUCGAUUCGGAAAAAGUACGCCACUUUCGGACAGCAGAUGCUAUCGAUCAGCUACGAACGGGAACAGCUCGGCACGGGUAAACUCAAGGCUCAUUACGCUUUGACCGUCGCCUUGGGCUACCUAAAGGAGCUGGUGCAGUUCCGCUUGACCGGUGUUACGUUUCUGCAACGGAUGAUAACCAUUGUGGAAAAUUGCUUGACAUGCUUGAAUUUUAUAAAUUUCUUCCGGUUCUUGCGGACCGGGCGAAAACCAUCCCUGGUGGACUAUGUUCUGCGGUUGGAUCAUCGCUCCAUCGAUGGGGCCAAACGGAGGACCAUCGGCUACUCGUACAUGACCCGGGAGUUGAUAUGGGCUGGAUUCAUGGAACUGCUGGGAUUUACGGUACCGAUUGUCAACUAUCAUGCCCUGAAGCGCCGGUUGAGGAAUCUUCUGAAGUUGGAAAGUGGGGCACAGGAAGUGAAAAAGAUUCAGCUGGAUACCGGAAGUAGAUGUGCUUACUGCAAUGAAAGAGUGACGCUUCCGCACCACAUGGGAUGUGGCCACGUGUUCUGCUACUAUUGCUUGCAGCACGUAACGGCGCCGCCAUUUUGACUCGAUGACGUUGCGGCGGUCUCCGUUCGCGUUCAUCCGACGUGGAAUCACUUUUUGACAGAUGGGGUUCAACACAUCAGCAACACGCAGAAGAGGCAGCCAGUUCACUACACUUUUCAUUCGAUCUCCAGUGCGGUAGCAACGCAGUUCGUGUGUUUCGUGAAAAAGUCGAAUAUUUUGUGAAAUUUGUGCACAUUUGUGUGGAAUAGUUCGUUGCCGA